CAUUUUUUUGUACAUGUGUGCGUUGGAUUUCUGGAAAGAUUUUACAAGUAUUUGAAAGCACAGGAUGUAGAACUGACACCUGCACUUGUGGCAAAGGAACUGAUGCUAAUGUGUGAACACACCAAAGGAAAGGAGAACCGACUGUGCUACUAUAUUGGAGCUACAAGUGACGCUGCGACUAAAAUCAUCAAUGAAGUAGCUCGUCCCAUGAGUGCACAUGUACCUGUACCAAAGGUUUGUGAGAAGCUGAAAAAGAGAGAUGCCCAGAUAUGCGAACUAAAAUAUGAUAAGAAAUUGAAUUUGAAUAAAGCCGAACUGUCCAAACUGAGAGUGGCUGAGCUGAAGAGGAUUCUCGACAGCUGGGGAGAGAAAUGCUUGGCUUGUGCAGAGAAAAUAGAGUUUAUCAAUUUAAUAUUGGAAUUGGCACAAAUGUACGAGUCUGAUCAACUAGAUUUGAACUCUGAUCUAUAAAGUGUCUACAUUUUUUAAAAAAGCUGAAAUCCACCCAUUAUUUAUUGUACAUAAACAUGGUAUAUGCCAUGCAUACAAUACCAUAAA